AUGUGGCUCAAGCCUCCAGAGUCCCUCGAUCCGCCCGCGAACCCGUUUCACAUGGUAGCCGGAGCAACGACAGCAGAGGAGGCAGACCCCUGGCUGCAGGGGGACCCGUGGAGCGACGCGGCUGGGAACAACCAUGCCGGCUGGUGGAAUUCGUGGAGAGAAUGGUGGGGCUCAGCCAGCUGGUGGACCGGCUCGCAGGUGAAUGAGUAUGCAGACCACUGGUGGACCAGCUCACCGGCGAACGAGGGCGAGGUCUGGGUCACCAUCCAGAGGCCGCGGCAGCCGCCGCUCCCCCACGGGCUGAUGCGCGGAGCGGCCGGGAGCGAUCCCGCCACGGCGCAGGCCCCUCCGUCAGCACCUGCGCCGGCGACGCCGCCGGCACGGCCGCCCGCGGUGACGAUGGCCCCAGCGCAGCCGACCCAGCCACUCGCAGCAGCAGCGACGGAGCUGACGGUCGAGGCGACGCAGGUUCCGCCACCGCCACGGCCGUGGGCACCCACUGACGGAGGAUCGACGUCCACGUGGCGCCCGUCAGACACGCAGGGCCCUCAGCCGUGGGGAGGCUUCGAGCAUCUCGAGACCUACGUAGUGGCCCUGCGGCGAUGGAGCAGAAGGACGGGCCUGCCGGCAGAGCAGCAGGCGGGCAAGGUCAUCGACGGCUUGCCCGUGGACAUGCAGGAGAGGCUCCUGCACUACGCGGAGGAGCUCGACGCCCCCGGCGGCAUCGAGGUCCUCAUCGACUUCCUGAAGAGGUGCCGGGGCGACCAGGACGGCGACGAGGCCAAGGAGAGCUUCAGGCUGGCACUGGAAGACACCGAGAUGAGAGCGGGGGAGUCGUACACCCAGUACGUGAUGCGCCGGGACCUGCAGGUGAAGUCGGCGAAGAGGUACGGGCUCGAGCUCCCAGAGCAGGUCCAGGUGCAGCAGCUGAGGAGUGGAGCGAACCUGAGUGAACAGAAUGCGAUCAACCUGCUCUCGAUCACCCAGGGCCGUGAGGAUCUGGAGUCGAUCAAGCAGGGCUUGAAGAAGAUGGACGUGAAAAAGAAGAGCAGUCAGAAAAAGUCGAGGGUGUACGCGGUCGGACACGACGAGGACGAGGACGACGAGGAGGUGUUCGGCAGCAGCGAGGUCUACCUCGAGCUGGAGGAGGACCUCAUCCUGGACACCGAGGACGCGCUGGCCUUCUACGAGGCGAUCGCCAACCAAGAGUUGGACGAGGACCAGGCGGCGGCCGUCCUGGCCGCGGUGCUGGACGAGAAGAGGACCAAGGAGGGCCGGCCUCGGAAGUGGGCAGAGUCGCGAGAGCUGAAGAAGGCCAUUGCCCGGGACCGCGACUUCUUCGACUCCAAGAGAGCCGGAGGCCGGGCGGCGCCACGCCCGCCAGCGGGCAAGCAGCGCCUCAGCAUCGCCCGCCUCAAGGAGAGGACGCGGUGCGCCAACUGCGGUCAGAAGGGGCACUGGCGCAAGGAGUGCGCCAAUCCGUACAAGCCGAAGCAGAUUGAGCAGCGGCCCAAGAAGGAGCUCGGGGGGAAGUCGCUCUACGUGGCGGCGGACUUGCUGGACGAGGGCGACGGCGCCUUCCUCGUCGGAGGACCUCGGAUUCGGGAGCUGUUUCGGAACGUGCUGAUCGGCGAGUCCUGCGAUCGAGGCCAGGUGGGCCACGGGCGAGUGCUAGCCGACCAGCCUCUGCGAGGCCAGGUGGGACUCGCGGAGGAACGAGGCGAUCCCGACGGCGGAGAACUGGGGCCAGGUGGGCCUCGUUCGAGGUCAGAGGGAGCAGCUCCCGAUGGCAGAGAGCUGGGGCCAGGUGGGCCUCGUUCGAAGUCAGAGGAGGCGAUCCUCGGCACGUUCAUCCUGGACAUCGAAGGCGACGAGCCGGAGGGCAUGGUGGACACGGCGGCCGGGCAGGCGCUGGUGGGCGAGAAGCAGCUGAAGGUAUUGCAAGAGAAGUACUACAAGAAGGGCUGGCGAAUCCCGGUGAGAAAGACCGACGGCAACAGCAGCGCCAAGGGGAUCGGCGGCCGCUCCAGGGUCGUCGGGGAAGCGAUGGUGCCGGUGACCAGUGCGGGGAUCCGGUGCCUCAUCCUCUUCAGAGUGAUCGCGGAGGACGUCCCCCUCCUCCUGCCCGUGCGCUGGAUGGAGAGCCUGGGGGCCGUCGUGAACCUGGCCGAGGACAAGAUCACGCUGCGCUUCGAGGGGCUCGACCGCACCGUCAAGCUCACGAGGCAGAGGUCCGGCCAUCGCACCAUGGCGCUGCUGGACGAGAGCCUCCCGGGGGACUUCGACAUUCCUGAGGGGGCCCGGCGCGACUGGCCGGGCCUCGAGAAUGACACGUUUCGAGUGUACAGGAGAAGCUCCAGUCUGAAGCGAGAGGGGGGCUCGAGGAAGAAUUCAGCACCAGGGACUCCCCGGCCGACAGUCACCUUCUCGGAGCCGAUGGACACCAGCUGGGAGAGGCUGCCGGGGUCCGACCUGGAGUCCGAGGGGAGCGAACAGUCAUCCCCGCCGCUGCAGGACGGCGCGGCAUCGACCCGUCCCACACCUCCGUCGCCGCCCCAGCCGACGUCAAGGCCCCACAUCGGCCUCCAGACGAGCUCCCUGAGGAAGGCCUGGAAGCGGAUGACGGUCAAGCUGAUGCACGUGGCCGACGUGGGACAGGCGACCAAGAUGAUACAGGAGAUGCGCGACGAGGCGACCGGGAAGAUGAACGCUCUGGAGUGCCCUCAUCCACCCUGGGCCCACUGGGAGUCAGGCAACCAGCACAUGCGCUACGUCAAGUGCCUGAGGUGCUCGAGCAUGAUCUGGAGAAGGGACCUCACGCACCGCGAGAAGCAGGCCCAGCAGCUCAAGAAGGUCGAGAGGGAGGCCCGGCGGGCGGCGAGGACCAAGCAGCUGGAGACGCCGCCUUGGGAGCCGCCGAAGGUCGAGGGUCGCAGCAAGGAGGGCGUCAAGAGGGCGGCCAGGGCUACUCCAGCGGCGUCGUCCGGUUCGGCCGACACGACGGUAGAGACGAGCAGCUCCGACCUCAACCAGAUGAUGAAGGCGAUCCAGACCAACAGCGAGGUGGUAUCGCAGCUGGCGCUGGCGAUCCAGCAGCUCGUGCAGAAGGGGACCUGCGUGGACAGCUUCGGCGUCUACGCACGUACCUCCGCCCGGCUCGAGUUCGAGGACUCCGGCUGGACCGGCGUCUCCGCUGGAAGGAAGCAGCGGAAGCGGCGGAAGAAGCUCGUCCAGGACUGGCUUUUGGGAUCCGGCCGCAAACUGAUCUUGGAACUCUUUUCGGUCCCACGGGUCGCGGACAGCCUAAAAGGGCAGGGCUAUCCCGUUUCCAAGAGCCUGGAUUUACGGACCGGCUAUGAUCUCGGGUCUCCGUCAGGGGAACGUGCGAUGUGGAGUAUCAUAGAGCGAGAUCGGCCCGAGGUCAUAGUCAUGAGCCCUGAGUGUCUGGCCUUCUCCGUUGCCCGUCGUCCCAGUUGGCACCGACUCAAGGGAACCGACCUCACAGACCCCGAGACCGCCGGCCUCAAGUUCAUGUCCCUGUGCGUUAGAGUGGCCGAAUACCAGAUGGGUCGGGGCCGUGGUUUCCUUCUUGAGCACCCCGAGGGUGCCAGCUCCUGGGAAAUGGACUCGGUGCGGGAAAUCUUGAAUCGGCCGAGCGUCGUGUCGGGGGUUGCCGAUCUCUGCCAGUACGGUUUGUCCGUGAAGGGAGGAGAGCCCAACAAGAAACCAACCAGGUUCAUGACUAACCGUGCGUCUAUUUUGCAGCCCCUCCUGCUCAGGUGCGACGGGAGUCAUCCGCAUCGUCAGCUCUGUGGCAGGGCCCUCACGCGAGCGGCCCAGAACUACCCCCCGGGACUCGUCCAGGCCAUGUGCGAGGGAAUCCUGGAGUCAGCUCGCAUCGUCGCCCUCGGGCACCGGGAGGAAACCCUGUGUGAGCUCAAGAAGGUGUUGACCGGUCGUUUCCGUUUCGGUAAAUGGCAGGUCGGUGAGGCCGAGUACGCAGGGAGAAGGAUCCGCCAGCAGUCUGAUGGGCGCAUUCUCGUCGACCAGGAAAAAUAUAUCCUGGAGCAGGUCCGUCCCAUGAGACUCGACAAGGAGCGUGUUAAAUGUCCCGAGGAGCUGCUCGAUGCAAGGGAGCUCCGAGACUAUCGCGGCCUGGUGGCGAAGAUUCUCUGGGCGGCCCGCCAGUCUCGUCCCGACGUGUCCGGAUCCGCCUCGAUGCUGAGCGCCGAAUGCCCACAGGUCAAGAUAGCCUCGGCUCUCAUGGCUAACAAGGUAGCUCGCCACCUCCGGUGCACAGCCAGCUCCUGUCUGACGAUUUGGCCCCUGGACCUGAGUGCCGUGACCAUGGUCACAUGCAGUGACGCGGGGGGCCCCGGGUCCGCUAAAAGAGACGGUGCUCAAGGAGGCUGGCUCGUGAUGCUAGGAGAUUCCAGGAUCAAGGGACAGUGGCUGUGGCUCGUUUUCCGGGAUGCCCUGUAUGGAGACGUGAGGGGGCCUGAAUGGUGGAACUCAGGGACGUCCUGCCCCUUUGCUGUCGCGCUCGUCGACGAGUGUGCCAUCGCCGAGGCUUCCGAGGGCGUCGCCGUAGUCGAUGCGAAGUCCCUCUUCGAUACGCUGUCCAAGAACUGCGGGGGUGCUAAGGCUGACCGCCGCAACGCCAUCGAGAUGGCGAUAGUCCGGGACUCGAUGACAGCCGAAGGGACAGUGGUGAGGUGGGUUCCACACUGCAAGAUGCCAGCUGACGCUCUGACCAAGGUCGACCCAGGACGAGGGAAUUUUGCUCUGACUGAUCUCAUGCACAAGGGGAUGCUGGCGCUAACGGACGAGUCUGGGUCGCUCGAUGAGCGAUCUCUCAACCUGUCGCUGAAGUCCCGGACUCGGAAUGCAUCGCGACAG